AUGGGCCGAAGACCAGCGAAGUGCUACCGAUACUGCAAGAACAAACCCUACCCUAAAUCUCGAUAUGUCCGUAGUUGCCCGGACUCGAAGAUCCGAAUCUUCGAUCUAGGACGCAAGAAGGCCAACGUUGAUGACUUCCCGUUCUGCGCGCACUUGGUCUCCAACGAGAAGGAGCAAUUGUCAUCGGAAGCCUUGGAAGCCGCCCGUAUUACCUGCAACAAAUACGUCACCAAGACCUCUGGAAAGGAUUCUUUCCAUCUCCGUGUCCGAGCUCAUCCUUUCCAUGUCGUACGUAUCAACAAGAUGUUAUCGUGCGCUGGAGCCGAUCGACUCCAAACUGGUAUGCGUGGUGCUUGGGGAAAACCUUACGGUACCGUCGCCCGAGUCAACAUCGGCCAAAUCUUGCUCAGUAUUCGGUGCAAGGACUCCAACAAGGCCGUCGUUAUGGAGGCUUUGCGACGUGCGCAGUACAAGUUCCCCGGUCAACAAAAGAUCAUUGUCUCUAAGAAGUGGGGUUUCACCGAUCUUUCGCGUGCCGACUACCAAAAACUUCGGGGUGAAGGACGCAUCAGGCUGGACGGUGCCUAUGUCCAAUUUCACAAGGCUGCUGGACCGGUUCUCACCAACUUGUCUCGAGGUGCACCCUCUCUUGUUGAGGCCUAG